CCUCUGUGGAAACAUUAUGUAAAGCCUGAAAUUCUCAAAUACAUCUGUUGUUUGCUGACUUUCGUAUCGCUUUAAAAAUACUCGAGACAUUUUCGCUUCAACAGUUAAAAUUGCAAUAACGUUCGCGCAGCUAAAACUGGCAUUCGUCAUUUGUGCUCGAGCGCGUGACUCUGCAUCAUGUGACAGGAUCUGUUGUUGCCUUGCCGCACAGAAGAAAAACAGAAGAAGAAAAGUGUAGAAACCCUACAUAUGAGACACUGAGAAUCAUGGAGUUUUGCAAAACGGACUAAAUCAAGAAUUGAGUUAGUUAAUAUCACUAUUUUAAUAUGCUUUUGGGUUUUAUGGACGUUGCGACCAAUGAAUGUCUCUUUGUGAAGUAGCAUUGAGCACCAGUCAUUUCUUGAAAUUGGCUCUGUGCUAAAGAUGAAUGCUCUGGUCGCUCUCUGUCACUUCUGUGAGCUCCAUGGCCCUCGAACGUUGUUUUGUACCGAGGCACUGCACCCUCCAUCCCCAUCCCCUUCAUCCCAUACAGGUGCCCCAGUGCCGGGGGACAGGGACCGAGAUGGUGACCGGGAAGGUGAAGGGCUGACAAUGAGGGCCAACAGCUCGGCCACACAGAGGGGAGAAAUGUGUGAGGGAUGUCGAUCUCUUCCUGCAUCUCACCCAGGCUUUGUGAGCAUUGACGAUGAAACAGGCAUUCGCUUCCUGAGCCACCAGCAUCCCAGACAGCCACAGCUAUUCAGCGUGGUCCGUCAGGCCUGCGUACGCAGCCUCAGCUGUGAGGUAAACAGCGAUGUGUGUCCCGGCCGCGAAGGACCAAUUUUCUUUGGAGAUGAGCAACACGGUUUUGUGUUCUCGCACACCUUCUUUAUCAAAGACAGCCUGGCUAGGGGCUUCCAGCGCUGGUACAGUAUUGUCAUGGUAGCAAUGGACAGGAUCUACCUCAUCAACUCCUGGCCUUUCCUGUUACGCCACCUUAGACUCACUAUACAGAGCCUGCAAAGCACAGCCCUCAAGGUGUUUGACAACGAACAAGGAGUUUGUCCCCAGCGAGCUGUGAGGAUGAAUAGUGUAUUCUCUCCUGCAGUUUUCCCACACCAAAGGAGUGGCAACGCAGCCCGAUCACUAACUUCUCUUACCCAGCAUCCCAACCUCUGGGCCAGCCUGCACUCCUCGUUCAGCUGGCUGCUGAAGGCAUGUGGUUGUCGCCUGACAGAGAAGCUGCUGGAGGGAGCGCCUACUGAGGACACACUGGUGCUUUUAGAGAGACAGACAGAACAAGAGGAGGAAAUGAGCUGCUGGGAGGGAGCAGAAGGAGGCAGUUCUAUGUCACAGCGGCACCAAUCAGAGAGUGAGCUGGGCCUCAACUUCCUGUGUGAUGAUGCAAAAUUAAAUGAAUUACCUGGCCCAAAAUGUAGGUCCCUGAGGCAUUUGAGACAGGUCCUUGGGGCUGCUGAGUUUCGUCAGCUAGUGUGGCACGUGCUCAUGGGAAAUCAGGUCAUAUGGAGAGGCGCUGACCCCGGGCUCAUCCAGUCAGCUUUCACGGUGCUCAAGUCUUUGCUCCCAGUAGGCUGUGUGCGUUCUGUGCCAUACAGUGGUCAGUAUGAGGAGGCCUACAAAUGCAACUUUCUGGGUCUCAGCCCAGAUGUGCCUAUUCCAACACACGUCAGCUCCUCAGAGUUUUCAGUGCUGGUGGAUGUCAGUUUAGAGAGAAGCUGUCAGAUCUCAGCAGCGUGUGAAGAUGAUAUCUCCUCCCAUUAUCAGUUCACUAUCAGCAGUGCCAACACACAGCCCACAGACAGGGGUCCCACAUUAUUGAACAAGCUUGAGGUGGCUCUGUCUAAUGAGAACUUGUCUGUGGACGUUGUGUCUCACUGCCUGCUGUGUUUGAAGGAAGAGUGGAUGAAUAAAGUCAAAGUGCUGUUCAAGUUCUCUAAAGUGGACGGGCGAGGGAGGGAGGACACCCAGAAGGUUCUGGCCCUUCUUGGCGCCACAGGGCCGGGCGAGGAAGACAACGUCAGGCUGCUCAAGUUCUGGAUGACUGGACUUAGCAAAACCUACAAGAGUCAUUUAAUGACGGCCGUCCGGGGAGGGGAGAGGAGCCCCAGCCAGUGAAAGAGAAGGAGGAGGAGGUAGAGGGUAGAGGGGUUAAUAUAA